AUGCCCCAACUUCACGAAAUUCUCGACCCAGCCAUUGAUGUUGCUUUCUCGAUACCAGGAUCUGCAUUUUUCGACAAUGACAACGACAUCGACGAGUCCCAACAACAUUCUUACCGUAUUCCACGGGAUCUCCACCAUUGCAACUAUGCCUUCGAACCCUUAUCCAUCCCAACAACGUAUAAGCCACCAAGACACGAUACUCUGCCGUUUGACGUCAAAGAAAUUAUUCUCAACUUGAUUGAUUCACCCAGAGACUUCGCUUCAUUGGCACUCACAAGCCGGGACUGGGCGUCUACUAUCAUUCCUGACUACUUAUAUCGCGAGCUUAGCAUCCCCAUCAACCACUCAACAAUAUGGAAAGUUUUUGCAGAACGUCCUCAUCUCGCCAAAUGCACUCACACUCUGCGUCUCCUGGAACCCGCGCGCAACAAAUCAGGUGCGCCGCUCGAAGUCUCCGGGCCGUCUGAGGAUACGCUUCGCAACAUGUCGCUCGCUCUGGAGGGAUUCACAUCUCUUCGGAAGUUUUGUUGGGCAGGUUCUCGCAGUACAUUACAAAUCGACCAAUCUUUUCUACAGGCACUCGCACGGUGUCCUGCAUUGGAAGAGUUGGACUUGGGGCCCGUGUCGCUUCAGAGUGAUCACCAACUACCGUCGCUAUCAUCCCUAUGGAGAUUCCCUUGCCUUACUAAACUCAUCUUGAAAGGCGACUGGGAUCUGACUGGUGUUGACUUCCUCUACCUUUCUUUAAUUAACAACUCCCCAAAUUUGGAGGAACUGUCUAUACUUUUUGGUCCAGCUUCGAGCCACUUCACCUCAUGUCCCUUGCCGAAACUGCGAAAACUACACUUGUGGCACGACUCACUGUACAUCCAAUUCCCCGAAUCAGAGCUGUAUCCUUUCGACGUUCAAAUUCUGAACUUUCUACGGAAUCAUCCCAACAUCGAAGACCUCCGUUGGCUAACCUGGUCUUGGAACAGGCUUACAUUCCCUUCUGGCUUUCUGCCCUCUCUCAAACGCCUUCGCGCUUACGGUCACCUUUACCGAAGUCUGUUACAGGACCCCACUCUUAUUGAUACACGAAAGUGGGAAUGUAUUUCCAGAGCUACAUUGACCGCCGACAUGCCCAUCCUUGAACAACUGGAUCUAAGUUGCCUGAAAGAGAUGCGCCUUCUCAAUUUCGAGGGUUUCGAUUCUCUGAAGCAGCUAGCUGAGAUCGCGCCGUCCAUCACCACAUUAGCCAUUCCGAGCUUUGGACCCCCAAUGAAUAUCAACUGUGGCACGCACUCGACUCCACCGGGACGGAUCCCAUCAAUGGUUGAACUUGAUCUCGAAAACUACAUCGACUGCCUUGCUCACUUCCCUUCCCUCGAGACCCUCCUUGACACACGGCUCUGGUCAGCUAUACUCCGGCUGAGCACAGAAGAGCGCAGCGAAGCCGUAACACAACUGACUUCGCGAUGCCGCAGCCUGUCACGGCUGAAUUACUGGGAUCGUCUCCGUCACGCGGAGAUGGACAUCAUUUUCUCCAAAUGUGAAGACGGUCGGGUUUCCUGGAGGGAGGAGCCCAGUCAGGAAGAAAACUGGGAGCGCUUUGGCGGCCUGUGA